CUGUGUUACCUUGAUUAUAAAAAAUUUGAGGCAACACUAGUUUUUGGAGAAUCAAGCCCAAAAUACUGUAAAAAAUUGAGGAGACCGAUUGACGUGUAUAUUAAUAAUUGGGCACAAUGGGUGUUCCAGUUUCCAGUGGUAACACCAACGGGGCAAGUGCAGAUAAAGUUCUGCUGCUCAUGCGCAAAAUACGUUAGAGAAUAUCCCAAGAUUCCUAGCUGGACAUAUGACAGGGCUGCUGUUAUUAAGAGUGAUACAGAUGAUGCUUUGGAAAACCUCUAUGAAAGGAUCUCAGACAAAGUACUGAAGAUGGGACAUGAAAUGAACAAUGGCACUAUACUGUUUGCAUGUUAUGUAAAAAGAAGAGUGCGGCACUGCCUUUUUGGAAAUAGAAUGGAGAUUGUUUGUAUUUUCAAGAAAAUUCCUGCUGUUGGCGGCCGGCUUACCAAGCCCUUGAUUAAAGCAGAAUAA